AUGAAGAACAACAGGUUAAAAGACACAGCAACAGCAUCUCUGAUGACUGCAUCUACUCCACAAGUUCCUGGCACAACAAAGCGCCCCCUGGCUACUCACACAACGAUCAAGAGAGCUACUGUGAGACGUCUUAUUGCCAUUUAUAUCUUUUCACUGUUCAUGCUGCUUUUUAUCAAUGAUGUGUAUGCCAGGUGUGUCAGAGUGGAAGAGUCGUGGCAGAACAGAAAACACAUCAUAACAAUCGACUUCUGUGGAGGGCAGCCCAUUGAAUUGAAUGGGAUGCCAGAGACUGUAUGGAAGCCAUUGGAUCAACAUAGCCAUGACAGUACAUCUCAGGAGGAUUGUAAACUGUGUGUGAAAUCCCCACUCCCUCCCUUCUCCUCCAUCCUGGCAGCAGCUGUAGAGAGCCUGGACUGGAUAACAAAACAGCCGCAUGGAACACUGGGACGUGUACUCUGGAAUGCAGCAAAAAAGUUUCAACACCCACAAAUCCUGGUAAACAGGGAAGGAGAGCAGAGAGGGCCAGAGAGACAGACAAACAACCAAGCGCCCAGAGCAAGAUCUGCUGCACUGCCAGGACGGGUGAGCUUCCAGCGUUUUACUGUUAACAUGCCUCACAAGUUUACCAUCCGCACCUACUUCGUCCCUACAUUUUGUAAUCACUGUGGUUCAUUAUUAUGGGGCUUAAUACGACAAGGUUUACAAUGCAAAGGGUGUAAAAUGAACAUACACAGACGCUGUGAAUCCAUUACGCCACCAAACUGCAAGAUGGACUCUCCAGCGGACCUUGGCAUCACACCAGAUGAAAUGUCAGCUGCUGGGCAAAAGUAAAACACAGGUGCUCAGGAGACUCAGCUGCUGGUUCCUGGGAGUCCAUCAGUGGAAGACGAUCGGUCCAACAUCUCCAAAUCAUCUUCACCCAACAUUUCCAUGUGACCGGGGUUUAUUUUUAAAUUUUUUUAAAAAAUAAAGUAAAAUGCAAUUUCAGUGAGCAUGCAUGUAUACAGUCUUUUCCUAAAAAUAACUUUUUUUAAAAAUAUAUUACAUAUAUUACACGCAUGCUGUCCUAUAUCAUUUUUAUUGUGAUCAAUAAAGAUAUUGUUAGAUUAACUACUAGAGGGUGCAAUACAAUUUAGUACUGCUCAUGAUACCUUUUUUAUGUGAACUAACGUCCAUGUUUUCAGGACCAGCCUUCGGGAUGUACCCCUUCUUCGAGGUCCAAACAGUACUAAUGCACAAAGUUUUAGCAGAAUGUUAAUAAGACAAUCUCUGAGGGG